CGUUCCUAAAAGACCAAUGUGUCAUAGACCGAUGAAGCACUCGCGAUAAUGAUCCUCUCGUCUGUACUUGUUUUUGCAGCCAUUGCUCAUGGCAGGGAGAUCGUGUUUCCUCCUCUGCUAGACAUCACCCAGAAUGACCAAUUGUUCAAGAGCUUGGAAGGCGCAGGGCAAGAUUCAGGCUUCGGUGUUGCGAUCGCUGGUCUGCCAACCUAUGCGAAUUUGCCAUUUAUAAACUGUGCAGCCAAGGACGGCGACGAUGUGUUCGACAUUGGAAUCCUUGGGGCAGGUUUUGAUACUGGCGUAACUGCCCGGCCUGGCACUCGCUUCGGCCCCGAUGGCAUACGGCAGGGCUCAAGGCGCAUGAGCGAUAGCAUUUGGAGCAUCUAUACCGGCAAAAAUACUUUCCGCGACUGGGCCCGGAUCGUCGACUGCGGGAACGCGCCGUUGACGUAUCUGGACAAUACGGUAGCGUUGAAGCAAUUGCAGCUUUCGCACAAGGCCAUCUCAGCGAGAAGGACCAGUUCCAGCGAAUAUACUACCCCGAGGAUAUUGACUCUGGGUGGAGAUCAUACAACCACUCUCCCGGCGUUAAGAUCGGCUUAUCAGAAGUUUGGACAAGUCAGCGUAAUACAUUUCGAUUCGCAUCUCGAUACCUGGGAUCCUAAGGUGCUAGGAGGCGGAAUCUCGCAUUAUGCCGGCGUCAACCACGGAACCUUCCUCCACAUCGCACACGAAGAAGGCCUCAUUGGCAACAGUUCGAUCCACGUCGGCAUCCGAGCGCCCGUCUUGCGUCCGAAAGGAGACGUCCGAAAUGACAUCCGAUGCGGCUUCGACAUGAUCAAAGCGCGUGACCUCGACCGAAUCGGCGUCCAAGGGGUGGUUGACAAAAUUAAGGAAAGAGUCGGAGCGAAUAAGGUCUACAUUAGCGUGGAUAUUGAUGUACUUGAUCCCGCGUUUGCUCCAGGAACCGGGACAGCAGAGGCAGGCGGUUGGUCGACCAGGGAGCUGCUCACGAUCCUCGAUGCGCUCUCUGGCCUGGAGGUGGUUGGGGGAGACGUCGUCGAGGUGGCCCCGAUCUAUGACAACGCUGGUGAAACCACAAUCAUUGCUGCAGCCGAAGUCGCGCACUCGUUGCUGCAGUUGAUGGUGGACCAGCCAGUAAAGAGUCUACGUGCCACAAAUGAGUAGAAUGGUGCUUCCCGCGGACACAAGGACGCUACCACAAUAUAUUGAUGCCCAGGCAUGAAAAUUUUUCAUAAGUAUCUAAGUGCUGAAG